AUGGCUUACGAUGGCAUCGACGAUCUAGACAUGGUUCAGAUAAAGCCUCUGAUAGCAACACUGCCCAUGUUCGAAACACUAUACCACGCCCUCGAGGAGCGAGACCAGCGGGAUCCUGCAUCGUGGAGGCCUACUGGUCGCGGACAGGUACUGAUGCGCAACGCUACCAACACCGUCCAAUCUUAUUCCGGCCGUGGGCUUAUGAGGAUGUUGGCGGAAGAAAUGAUGAGACGCUCGGCGACUGAAGGGUUCCGGGGUAUCCAAAUCGAGAGUGUUUCCAAGGUUGUGGAAAAGGUGUGGUCGAAACCACCGGCGCCGUUCAGGGGAACUAUCAUCGCGCAGUUUCACACGACAACAUUCGAGGAGGAGAAGAAGUCUGGGGAAGUUUUGUAUCCGCUCCGACCGGCGAAUGUGAAUAUUUCCAAAAUCUUCGUCAGCCUCCGGGCUUGA